UCACCAUCACCAUCACCAUCACCAAAUGGUGAACAAGGCAUGGAGGAUAAUCCCUCGCCCACUCCUCGAGACUAUCCUCAACAACCACGCCCAGCACCACCGCGUCCCUCAACCCCUCAUCCUCCACGGCCCCCGCGGCGUCGGCAAAACCACCCUCAUCCUCGACCGUCUGCUUGACAAGUGGAACACAGGCCCUCAUAUUACAGGCUAUGUAGACUUCGCUCAAUCCAUCGAAGAUCACCAUCCUCACCAUGGCAAUUCAUUCCCUUGGACUUCCUGGUCCAAUUGUCCUCCUCCAGCUCUCCCUACCCUUCGUACCCAACUCGAGCACUGUCUCGAAUCCAUGGCCCAAAAGGCUGUUCAACUCGGCACCAUUAGCUCUCACCAAAUCUUCACUACCCUCAACAAAUGGCACGGCCUCAACACCGCGCUUCGUCGCGUACUUCAAUCGAAUGCCUUGUCCAGGUCGACCUCCAAGACUGCUGUGUCUGAGAAGGCUUCGAGUUUGGUGCUUUGGAGUCGGGCUCUAUUCGCGCUAUCUGCUCGAUCAAAUGUCAAAGAGAUUGAUGGGGUUCUUGGGUUGAGCGACAAGGGGAAGAGUGUCAGUGUUGAAGAAGCUUCGUAUUUUAGGGAAGCGAUUGUCGCGUUGAAAUUGGCCAAGGAGGUUAUUAGGAUUCAGCAAGGGUGGAGGGCCAAUGCUGUUAAGGACUUGAAUCGUGUUGGUGGGUUUUCGAGGAGUUUGGCCAAUUCUGCGACUGAUUGGCCGUGUUUAUUGUUGGAAUUGUUGUCUUCAGCUGCUGAGACUGAUUACUUUCAGCCGAAGCUGGUGAUAAACAAUAUUGAAGUUCUAAAGCAUGCAGUUUUAACAGAUGAUUCAACGGUCUCUGGCUCAUUGUAUCAUGACUGUUUAAUAUGGAGAAUAAUAGCUUUGGGUGCCAAUGAGAGGUGUUUGCCUAUCAUUCUUGUGACAUCAGAUGGCUACUAUUCAUACCGAGCUUUUAUGGAUUUUGGGUUUCCGGACAUAUUCAUAUCUCGAGAGACCUUUGGAUGGACUCCGCAAGAAGCUAAAAUGCAUAUGGUUGCUGAUUACUACAGUCAAUCUGAGUGGAAUGUGGUUGUUGAGGUGCUAGGGCCAAGCCCACGACAUCUUUUUGAGCUUUAUGCACUCAAACAAAGCAAUUUUUACCAGAAGGUCAUGGACGACAAGGCUAGUACAUUUGAAGACAUUGUAGAUGCAUAUUUAGCAUUUCUACAAGUAACUGUGGUCAAUCCUGCGAUGGAUAAAGCAUUGUCACUCUUGCAAAGGUUUGCUAAUGAUGCACGGAAUGGAAAAAUUUCGAAAGAUCGGUUACGCUUUGGUGCUCCUUGGAGACAUCCUCCUCGUACAGACAACCCUGCGCUGUGCUUAGAAUGGGCUAAGCUUCAACUAAUGGAUUUUAUUCAGUCUCUGGUUAAUGCAGAGUUUGGGGUUAAUUAUUUAGCUGAUUGUAGCCUUGAAAUCCUAGAUGAUCCAUCUGCUAUUGCAUUGUUAGAGGUUGGUUUACUUUAUGCCCAACGGGAUCCGUCCUUCCUUCGCCCCGUUUCUCAGGGUAUUCAAAGAUGUCUUGUGAGAUGGCUUGUCAAGGAGCGGAUGCAAAUGCGCUUUCCGAACUCACUCCAGUAUUUGUGGCAACGAAUUAUACGGGGCCGUAGCUAUCGUCACUUGAUGUUACAAGUAGGCUAUGAUAAAUAAAACAAUUGGUUACUCAGGCAAAGCUAUUUUUUUCCAUUGAUGCAGACCUUUCUUCCAGCAUCACAUAAAACUAUUUGUUGAGCGGAUGUUGGAAGAAAAUCUGCAAACCCAAUUCUUAGAUUGGAAUAUUGUAAGAUUGUACUUUACUCAUGUCCAGAUUUUCCCUUACACUAUGAUAGCUAAUGGUGAUUAAUAAUAUUUUUCCCCAAAAAAAAGCUAUAGGUUCCUAUACAAAAGUGCUCUCACUAGUAAAGUUUGGAAGUUAGACUUUUACUUGAUAGGAAUUUGUUUCUCUAUUUGCAGUUUUUAAUACUUUUGACCUCCGCUUGGCUUGGUUUGAUUUGCUCCAUGAAAUGACAACUCGGAGCACAAGCUUAAUAUCCGUCGUUUAGGUAGGUCGUGCGGAACCAAAUUUUUAGUUCCAGAGUUUCCAGACUGGUUUUUCUGCCAUUUGGUAUUCCAGACAACUUCUGGUGAGGUAAUAUAUUUUUGUACCACAAUCAACAUGCAUAUCAUUUGAGGACCUUCAUGUAGAGUUUUUGCUUUAUACACAGUUUCGAUAGAUAAAUAAGAAUGUGGAAAAGGAAGAUAUCAAUCUUGGUUUCACCCGUAAAGACUGCCGAAAUUCUUUAUUGUGGCAUAGAGAUAGAUUGGAUCAUAAGCUAACAUCUUGUACUAGGAUGGGUUAUGAUUUUUCUGUUAUUCUUUGCUGUAUUGUUACUGAAAAAGAAAAAAAUGUUAUGUACUUUGCUGUAUCAUUUUGUUUCACUUUUUCUUAGGUGA